UUAAACUCGGAGAUAGAUAUUUGUCUUGUUAUAUAAAUGUCAGGUACAACGUCUGAAAUAAAGUUCGAUGGCAAACGCCUUGUUAUGAAUACAAAAAAAUAUUUGCGAAUUACGAUCCGUGAUAAGAAAAAUAAAACUAAGCACGCACACUGAAAUAUGCAUUAAUAUAAGAGUGACUCAGCUUUUGGCAUUGACGUUACAGUAUCAGUAAAAGAAGAAAACAUGGCGAAAACAUUUGGAUUGUUUCUGCUGUAUGUAUGUCUGUUGACUGUUCAAAUAACUAUCAACAUGGCGACCGCUCAACAGUUUGGCUCAACAACCAACCUCUGUGAAAAAUUUCUUACCGAUAAGAAUCUCAUUCCGCUUAUCACCGAAACAAAGGAUGCAGCAACCCCGUGCGCAUGCGCGGAGUAUGAUAUGGCGCAGGACGCCAUAUUUGAAAAGGUCGGGACUUGCUAUGAGGAAUGGCUGUUAAAUGAUGGUGUCAAGCAGAGAUGCUGUUACAGCGAAAAUGGCAAAUUGCUGACUGGAUACAGUGAUAAUCGGUUUGGUAUUCCUGGUGGAAUAGGAUUUCCAAUGAAUGAAAUCCACGACAGCUGUUGUAACAAUUACAGCCAAUCAAGGUGCAAUGCGUUUUACGAAAUCACUCAAAAAGAUGAUUGUCAGCGGCACCAGGAUCAUCUCUCAGCUUAUUCGUGGGGUGAUCCAGUUAUCGAAACCGUCAGCAAUACUGCAUUUUCUUUCAACGGACACGGAGAAUAUGUUUUCCUUAAAUCGAAUAAUACACUUGAAAUUCAGGCUCGUACAGAUUACCUUAUAGCCAAUUCAACUGAUUCGACUAUUUUUACUGCUUUUGUGUUUACGACUUACCCACAAAGGCAGUCGAUCCAUGUCAUAUUUAACAGAACCAGUAUGAAUCUGAACCUGUACGAUAACAAAGGUAACCUCAAGACAAACACUUCCUCAACGUGUAAUCCCCGCCAACCACUUAUGACGGAAGCAUACUAUGUAUUCUGCUCAAAUACAACAUCUGCCUUGGGGUUCAAAAUUACUCCCCAAGUUAAGCUAUCGAAUAUAAAUGCGCUUGUUACCAUCGACAAAGAAUUCAUGAAUAUUAAAAUUACGUACUCGAAAGAACUCGCAAACAUGACAGGGUUGGCAGGAAAUGUACAAGACGGAUUUUACGUCUUGCCUAAUGGCACGAAAUACUCCGUUAAUAGCAGCGAGUCUUUAAUGUUCGAAUACGGAGAGAUCUGGUCUCUCAGGAACGAUCCAGCCUCGUCCAAUUUCUGGUACAAUCUCACUGGAGGAGACUUCAAUUUUUACAACAACAAAUCGAGGCCUCGCUUCCUUGAAAAUUUAUUAGACAAACUCGAAGAGUUGUUUAAGGACUGCAAUAAGUCUAUGAUAUCUGCGUUUAAAAAUACUUGCCAGAAUUCCUGGGAUAAUCAAACCAAUAAGGAAUGCAUGCUCACCAUUGCAAGGACUUGCAAUACAACACUUGGGAAAGCCAUUCAUGAGCAGGUUGAGAGACAACGAUACGAACUCCAGAGGAAGUCAAACAAACCACCUACUUUUAUGGCAUCAAUGCCCAAUGAAACGACGCUGAUUUAUAAGGGCAACAGCUCAUGGAUCAUAAAUUUAUUAGAUCAUGUACAGGACGAAAAUAGGACAGGUCUACGAUUUGAAGUGGCACCGAACUUAGACGAAAUUAAAAUAGUUGGUGGCGUUUUUAACUGGACAGUAGGGACAGCGUUACGGCGAAUGAACCUCAGUGACAAUUCAAUACGAUUCGUAGUGUAUGAUCAAUUCAACAUGACAGACACACACAGUGUCCGUAUACGGUAUUGCGGUUGCGAAGAUCCAAGUGACUGUGAAUUCCAGAACGACGAUGAUGACAAUGCCGAAUGCAAAUGUCGGAAUCGUUUUGUGGAAGGAUUGUUUUGCGACCAUAAAAGAGACCCGUGUUCUGAAUACGUUUGCUACAAAAACGACACUUGCAACAAAACCUAUUAGGGGGAUGGGAGUCCAUGUGAUGUGUGUCCUCUUGGGUUUUAUGAAGAAAAUCUUGGAACGAACCAGAGUUGUCGUGACCUGAACGAGUGCAACGAUACCCGCAUUCACAACUGCGAACAAGAGUGUAUUAACGACGUAGGAUCCUAUCACUGCGCGUGCAAGAAUGGAUAUCUGCUUAACAAUGACAACUUCACGUGUGCAGACGUGGACGAGUGUGUGCUAGGC